UCGUUGAUUUACAGUAUGGAUGGUUCCAUAAAACAAGUUUAACCACGUCAUUAAGCAGGAAAAAAUAUAGAAAAUUAAAAAAAAGCACGGGAAAAAAUAGCAAAUUUACGUUUUAAAAAUGUUUUAGUUUUAAAAAAAAAUUCAAUAUAGGCACGUUUUAGUUAUUGUCCACGGUAACCAUCUUGUUUGCGCACGCACAUGUGCAAACAAGAUGGCGACCGGAAGCGCCGCCAUUUUGGCACCGUAGGUAAAUUUAACCGACUUGCUUUAAUUUUUUACGCUAGGGCCACUGAGAAAUUUUGUUACAUGGUGGGACUCGCGUCCUAUCUGGACCUAACCUGCUUUGUACCGUCAUGCUCUAAGUGCACAGGCGUGACGAAGAAAGAGCCGGCACCAGCGGAUAGGUUCGGAUCCGUCUACCUCAGUGAAAAACUACAACCAAAAAAAAAAAAGAAAAAUGCGCAGGCGGACUGGCGGGUCAUGUUCACCGGUACCCUCUCUUGUACCCACAACACACUUUUUGAAAGAGCUCAGCUCUCAGCUCAACAGCCUAAAUAUAUAGGAUCAUUAAUGAAAGCUGCUGAAUUAAGGAAAAAAGAAUAUGAAAGAAGAAUAGAGAGACAAAUUCAGAAAGAAAGAGAAAAAGAAGGCAAUGAAUUUGGAGAUAAGGAGGCUUUUGUUACGUCUUCAUAUAAGAAAAAAUUGUUAGAAAAGCAAGAAGAACGAGAACGUAGACAAAAAGAAUUAGAAGAUGUACACAGAAGAGAAUUAAAUUAAAGAAAUUAUUAAAUAAUAAAUACUGUGAAUAGAAUACCAAGAGAGGAUGGAUGUAGCAAGAUUUAAGUGGAUAUUACAGACACUUUUUAAAUCAAACUACCGGAGAAGAACAAAAUUCAUCGAUUCGAAAAAGAAAAUUUAGAAGAAAUACAGAGUCAUUAAUUCUAACGAUUGUUUAUCAGCUAGAUACUUGACUGUCCACUGCUAUCUGUGAAGCAUAAGCGCA